AGUAAAGUUCCUUUUGUUGCGUUUGGCAUAUAUUAUUGUCACCACCAUCUUUAUAUGCUUGUCUCCUGCCCCUUGUUACUACAAACAUUCAUCCCACCUUCUUUUAAUUUUCCCCUUAAAGUACCCAUUUUUUAUUCGUUUCCAAAUCACACAUUCAUUCUUUCUUUUUACCAACAUAUUAUAUAUGAAACUUCAAAAGAAAAGAUAGCUGUUACUCCACGAGAUCCAAAGCUUGACUUUCACCUGCCCCCAUCACUAAAAUCGAGUCAUAUGCACUGAAACUGGGAAAAAAAAAAUAAACGUACGUUUUGACCAAAGUGUACAACACUUUGGCACAGAAAAUAGAAUUAGGAGGUACUCAGCUAUAACAUCUAAUUUUCGAUACGGAUGAUUCGAGAUUGAUUUUCUCAAUAAUCUUUGCAAUGCUCACAAAGUGUGAGUUAUCCUUGGGUUCUAGAUCGUGAAAAGUUACAUAAUAAUAAUAAUAAUUAUAAUAAUAAUAGUACAUUAAGCUCUUGCUUCCAUACUUUCACCGGAUUCAAUCCCCAUCUAAUCCUUAUAGUCUUAAUUAAACUUGUUUUAUCCUUAAAUAUAAUAUGUGGGAAAUUGCUUUUAUUUUAACGUUAACAGUAAUCAAUCCUGAUUUUUUGUUAUAUCUUACACCUUUUUUUUUUUUAAUUUUGUCAGUAGUAGAAGGUUAUAGAGAUAAUUGCUCUCUCUUUUGGAUCGUGAAAGGUAUUCAUUAAAGAGAGAGUAGUUGUGAAUGGCUUCAUCUUCUUCAUUAUCAUCUUACUCACCAUGUGCAGCAUGUAAAUUCCUUCGUCGUAAAUGCCAACCAGAAUGUGUAUUUGCACCUUACUUCCCUCCAGAUCAGCCUCAGAAAUUCGCAAAUGUUCAUAAAAUAUUUGGAGCCAGCAAUGUGACAAAGUUACUAAAUGAGUUGCAGCCACACCAAAGGGAAGACGCCGUAAACUCUCUUGCUUAUGAGGCAGACAUGCGCCUUCGAGAUCCAGUCUAUGGUUGCGUUGGUGUCAUCUCUCUUCUCCAACACCAGCUCCGACAGCUACAGCUAGAUCUUAGCUGUGCAAAGUCUGAACUGUCAAAGUAUCAAAAUGUAGGAGGCACCACUCCUCAUUUGAUAGGAGGUGGAGGGAGAGGUCAUAACCAACUAUUGUAUCAUCACCAUCAGUUUUUUCCUAGAGAUCAGCAACAACAACAACAGCAGCAGCAACAACAACAACACAUAAUCCGCGGAUCACUUGAUGGAGGAAGUAACAAUUUUGAUACAGGGUAGCAGCAUACAACAUGAUGAAGAUCACAGGCAGGCACUAUCAUCAGUGUAAUUAUGUAUCUCAAGCAUUUUAUAGACCAAUAUUAUUAUUAUUACAUGCAUUUAAUUACUCGAUCUAGAGUUGUUCAUCCAUUGCUGCUUUCACCUUAGUAAUUAUUGAAAAGAAAAUAGUUCACCCACCUGCAGCUGGAUAAAAAUUUCAGUAAAAAUAUGGAAUUGCACAGAACAAAAAUCCUGAUUCGAAUUGCAAUAAAUAUAUUCCCCUCUUUUCCAUUUA